GUUCAUGUAAUACUGAUGCAGCAUGUCUGACUGAAUGUGAAACAGAACGAGUUACUGCUGAAAGAAUUUCCUCUUUUACAUCACUUUUCCUCCACAGUUCAAUUCAGCACAAGACGUGAAAGCCGUUGGUCGGUUUUUGUGCUCAUGUUUCCUAGAAAACGUACGAUGGCAUCCAACUCCACGGUGAGAGACGGAGGUGUGAACGACAGCGGCGGUGUGGAAAUUCUUUGUGAUGAGAUGGUUGACUUUGAAACCUUCAGUGGUGCCUUCUUCAUUUUGAUCUUCAUCUUCAGCUUCACAUGCAACUGUCUCCUCGUAUUUGUUCUCGUCAUCUACGAGGACCUAAGACAUGUCACAAAUAUAUUCAUCCUGAACCUGGCCUGUUCCGAUUUGAUCUUCACUGUCACUCUUCCAUUUUCUGCCGUCUAUCAGCUGCACCAAUGGGUCUUUGGUGAGUUUGCCUGCAAGUUGAUGAUUGCGGCAUACAUUGUUGGUUUGUACAGUAGCAUCAUUCUACUGACCGCCAUGACCGUGGAUCGUUUCAGAACAGUGGUGCUGCACAACUGGCCAGCCAACUCUGCAAGGAGGCAGAGGUGUGCCAUGGUCAGCUGUGCAGCCGCCUGGGUCCUCAGCAUUGCUGCAUCCGUGAGGGAUGCUAUCAAAGUGACGGUGGAAGACUGGGAUGGUAUUUACAGGUGUGAGGAUCCCUCUGAUGGCCAUGAUGACAAGCUGGGGUAUUAUCUCCAAGUGUCAUUGCUCUUCUUCCUCCCAUUUGCCAUCAUUGUUUUCUGCUAUUCUGCCAUACUCAAGACAGUGUUGCAGGCUUCAAACAGGAGAAAGCACAGGACCGUGGUAGUGGUGUUAUGUAUUGUUGCAGCCUUCUUCGUCUGCUGGGGACCUCACAAUAUUUUGAUUUUGAUCGGGUCUUUGUAUGAACCCAAGAGCUGUUCUGCAAUGGAACGCUUGUUUAAUGCGUAUUACAUUUGUCGUAUACUUGCUUAUUCUCACUGCUGUAUGAACCCUCUGCUGUAUAUGCUCUCACACAAGUUGCAAAGGCAUCUAUUGGAUCUUUUACGCUGCGAGAAGGUCCGCAGGAAGAACAGGGGGAGAGACACUUCUGUUGUUCAAAAUGUAGCUUUUACAGCACAAAACUCUGCUGUCAUGUUGGAACUAAACACCACAUAGACAUUCGCUUGUGAAAUGAGACAUCUGAAAAUGUUUGUAUGUGAUAUUUGUAUUUAAUUAAUUUGUUUUUGUAUAUUUCCUUAAAGAUAAGAGGUGGUCUAUUCUUCUGUAAUUAUUUUAUAAAUAUAUGUAAAGAAUGUCAGUGUGUGUGAUGAUAUGUGGCACUGCUGCACUUUCUGUCAUUAUGAAGGAAAACAUUGCUGUGCUGUUACUGUAAUACAAUUAAAUAACAUUUACUGGA